AUGGAUUCCAUCGAUUCCGGUAAUUCCUGUUCUUCAGGCUCUGAGCUUGAGGACACCUGGGAUGGAGAAGGUGUAGCCCGUAGCCUUUUUGAUGACUUCGUCUCGCCAUUUGCAUCAGAGGUUUACAGACACAUGUCUUCCAACUUCGGUUUCGACCACACAGUACUGGGAAAAGGUACACUUCACCGGGUAGCGCUGGUAACCUACCUGGAACGUGAAAAAGCAAAAGGCACCGAUGUAUUAGCUGCUUAUAGACGAGUGUGUAGUGACCCAUCUAUAGUAUUGGACAGAUUUGAAGAGUAUAUCAACCCACCGUUUGAAAACGAAAAACUCAUAUGGGACUUCAUGGAAUCUAGCGAUGACGAAGGUGACGAGGAACUGCUAAAAGGACAUUUGUACCUUGAAAGAGGCACCAAAACAUCACAAGCUCGUCAAAAACAGCUCUUACAGGAUGAAGAAUACUUUAAAUCUUACAAGGGACUGGAGAUCCACAGGGAAAUGGUAAAUGACCAUGUACGGACAUCGGCAUAUGAAUCAUUCAUACGGUUAAAUCAAACACUAUUCAAAAACAAAGUGGUCCUUGAUGUCGGUUCCGGAUCAGGAAUAUUGUCACUUUUCGCGGCCAGAGCGGGAGCAAAGCUGGUUGUCGGCAUUGACAAUUGUGAGAAUAUGGUGAAGAUGUCCGAGGAACACGCUUGGGUUAAUGGAUUAACUAAUGUAAGGUUUCUACACGGGAAAGUGGAGGAUUCAGACCUAGUAUAUGUGAAUGGUACUGUCUGCUUUAAACGUGACUGCGAGGGAAAUUUCCCAUACGAGACCUUCAAAUGUGAUAUUCUCAUAUCGGAGUGGAUGGGAUAUGGACUACUCUAUGAGAACAUGCUCCCCUCAGUUCUUUUCGCCAGAGACAAGUACCUGACAAAGGAAGGGGUCAUGGUACCGAGCAAGGUGAAAUUGGGGUUCUUCGCUUUAGAUAUGCAUGAUAAGCUUCUAUCAAAACUAAAAGAAUGGGAACAACCAAAAUAUGGUUUGAUCCUCAACGGGCUACGAUAUGAUGCUGCCGAGUUACUGAAAAAUCCUACAGUAGAGGUCACGGACCCAUCAUCUAUAGUCAGCGACGCCAAUGGCAUAUGUCUCAUAGACCUCAAACAUCUGAAACAGUCUGAUAUCGCCAAUGCACAUGAAUUUGAGGUCAAGGUGCACGAGGGGAAGAAAUGUUCAUCCCUGGCUCUCUAUUUCGAUUGCAUAUUUGAACCAAGGCUAACAGCAACUGCAAAUGUGCCUGCAGUGAUCAACUUGAAGUCAACAACUUUUCGAGGAUUGGAUUCUUACCGAGAACAUCUACCCGGGAUUGACAAAACCACGAUGUUAUGCACAUCACCAGAGUACAAAGGUUCGGAAGAUGAGAGCGGAGUGAUAGUGAUAAUGACAACAAGACCGGACUAUAAGGCAACGCAUUGGAAACAGGUAUUGCUACAUCUUGUGGAUCAUGAUGACGCACCCGUACAAAUCGAAGGUACAUUUGAAGGUCGUGUAUCGCUUAUUAACAACUCUGCAAACAACAGAGCGAAAAUGGCGUCCGAGGAGCCUGUUACUGACAACUUGCUCUUGAUGCUCGCUGAUCAGUGCAGCGGCAUCGAGGAGAUGUUCGAUAUCUUCUUCGAUUUCUUAGGUCGUCGUAGCGCCUUCUUUAAGCCUCACGAUGGCAGCGAUUUGAACCAGCAUCUCGAAAAUUGUGUUAAAAUGGUAUCACGCCACUGCCGUAAAAUUGGAGCUUUAAUCAUGGAGGCUAAACGCAAGGAGUGGGAAGCCCAAGAAAAAGAAGCUGAAGCCAAACGUCAAGCUGCCAUGGCAAGGGAAGCAGCAAAAAAUGCACCGACCAUGAUAGAUGCAACUUCAGGGGAUGCCGAUGAGGUAAUCGACGUACCACGACAUCAAGAACCCGAAGAAGAAGUCGAGGAAAAGGAACCUAAGAAUAUUCUGGGAGCUGGACGACCCAUUGGUAACGGUGGCCGUAACAAAUGGUACGUAUGGACCCAAACUCUAGCUGGAGUAGAUCUAUCGGCAAAAGUACCACCAGGAACCACAAGCAAGAGCAUCAAGGUCGAUAUAUCCACAAACAAGUUGCAUGUUUACUGCAAAGGAGAAUUGCUUUUCGGUGGUGACCUAUAUGAGUCCAUUAAAAGUGAAGAUUGCUACUGGACCUUGCUAGAUGGAAAAACACUGCAAAUCAACAUGGAGAAACGUAACCAGGUGCAAUGGUGGCCAUGUGUUAUCAAGGGACACCCCGAAAUCGAUGUGAGGAAGAUUAUGCCAGAAAACUCGAAGCUAAGCGAACUUGACCCCGAGACACGUGUAACAGUGGAAAAGAUGAUGUUGGACCAGAAACAUCAUGGUGAAAGCUCCGCUACUAGCGCCCUUAUGUCACAAUUGGAAGCUCUGCAAAGGUUCAAGGAGGCUCACCCAGAAUUGGACUUUUCAAACGCAAACAUGAAUUAA